AUGCGGCCACCCGACAAAUACUUGCCGCUUGUUGACCCGCUUCCGGCGUGGUGCUUUGCAGAGCCGGUGGUGGUGGAGGUGGUGUUCAGAAACCCUCUGAAAGUUCCGCUGGCGCUAUCUCGCCUCUCGCUGGUCUGGAAGUUUACGCGCGACACCCACGCUGCUGCCGCCGCGGAGGACGCCGGAGAAGAACUCGUCAGCAACCAGGACACGUUGGAGCAAGAGUCAAGGCAGACAGAUGAUGUGGUCACUACCGAGACCAUCCUGGACUUCCACUUGGCCCCCGAGGAAACCAAAAUGGCUCGACUCAGGGUGCUGCCGCACCGGACGGGCUGCCUGAGUAUCACGGGCGUGGUCUAUGACCUGGCUGCUGCAUCCCCGGCGGAGACGCCGGACGACGAUGACGGGCUGCAGAAGGCAGAGACAAUAAUCGUCAGCGGCAAGCAGGACCUGAAGAUCAGAGGCCCGCGACUCAAUCACACCAAAGAGGACAAAAUGUUUGUGCGCUACGGACCCGACCGGCGCUUGGAGCCCAUCGUUACGCCACCGAUGCCCCUCAUGGAGGUGUUCUUCCUGCAGUUCCCGACAGCGCUGCUGUGCGGCGAGAUCCGCAAGGCGUACGUGGAGUUCUGCAACGUGAGCGGCGUGUCCCUAUGCGGCCUACGCGUGGCGUCCACUCACCCCGAAUUCUUCACAUUCGGGAAUCCGUCGGCCGGCACGCCGCUGACGCCGCUUAGCCCCGCCUCUGCCGAGAACUUCUCGGCCUACAAAACCCUGGCGGCGGCACCCGGGUCCGGCGCGGCCUGUGAGACGCUGGUGUCUGCCGACGACUUUGGGCCCACGUCUGACGUGGUGGACGUCCCUGUCGGCGGCACGCUGGAGCCAGGACAUUCCGUGCAGCUCCCGCUCUGGCUGCGAGGACCUGACCAGGAAGGAGUCCAUGAGAUCAACUUCCUCUUUUACUAUGAAAGCCCAGACAAACGAAGCAAGAUCAGCCACCGGGUGGUUCGUCACUCGGUGUUUAUUUGCGCCAGUCGCUCUCUCAGCGUUCAAGCGUCGGCCCACGCCAGCGCCAUACCUCCUCAGCAAGGACAGGACCAGGAUGGCGGCAGCACGCUGGUCUUCAUCGAUGUUGAAAACAUCAACACGAGCGACGCUGGCGUGCGCGAGUUCCACAUCGUCCAAGUUUCCAGUGGCAGUCAACACUGGAGCCUCAGCAAGUGCAUCAACCCGGCCAAGGAUAAAGACUGCAAAGUAAGCAGCAAAGAGCGAGCCAAGCUUUGUUUCAGAGCGGCACCGUGCAAAGCUCGCCGAGCUUCCUUGGACCGCGCCGAGAUGUUCACCUUUGCCGAUGUCAAUCUGAGUGACGAGCGGAUCGUAAGUUCGGCCACGCCCUGCGGCGACUUCUUCUUCCGCUGCCGCCGGACGUCCAAGGCUUGCCGUGCCGACACCUGCUCCUCGGGGUCAAGGACGCCCUCCGGCGGCAGAAGCCUGGGCGAGGACUUGGUCCGCGUGGUCAACGAGUGCGACCGGCUGGACCUCAACAUUAUUGUCAUCUGGAAGGCUUACGUGGUGGAGGACAGCAAGCAGCUGAUCCUGGAAGGUCAACUCCACGUGGCGCUGCAGGCGGUGGGCGAAGAGGCCACUUCCCUCGCUCCCAAGCAGGACACUCAGGAGAUGGUUCUGCUCAAGUUCAAGUCGGAUCCGCCACCUCCCACCGUGCCGCCAUCCACGCAACUCUCACGACUCAUCAAGAGCAACCUGCGCUACUCGGAGACAUACACGCAUGACUUUGCACACGACAGUGUUUGUGUGGUUCCCGUUUGUUUGGUUUUGUCCAACUGCUGCCGGACUGAUGUGGAUAUCACAGUAGACCUCAGGCACAAAACCACCAGUUCUGAGUGGAGCGAGUGCGCGUGUAGCUUCACCUGGGUUGGCCAGACCCGCUACCGGCUGGCGCUUUGUCCCCGGCAGACGCGUCACCUGGAGUUGCAAGCCUGCUUCCUCAUGCCCGGCGUCUACAACAUCAACACGCACGCAGUCUGCGCCGCGCCGUGCCUCGAUGGCCAUCACCGUGACGACGCCAACGCCCAAACGGAGGUUGCGCAGCACGGCGCCGGACCAGCGCUUAUUGUCAUCACCGACAGCAGCCAAUGACAUUGCCGCAACACGCACCGCAAGGGCCAACGUGAAGAAGAACCCAAAAGGGAGGCUAGUGUCCUGGAUUUUCAUCAGGAGCUUUCAUGCGACCACUAACUGCAGUGUGCGUGCGUGCCACCAGAUGACAGCAUUAGUUGUUCCUUUGGGUCUCAUCAAGGUCAGCUUCAAUUGACAUUUGGGAAGUUGCAAGGUAAAAGAAAAAAAAAAAAAGCAAUGUGGUUCACUUUUGACCAAGAAACUGAAAAAGUGCAGCAUGUCUUAAAUGUUUGACGAGCCCUCCCCAUGAAUGCUGCGGGAUGCCGCGAUCAUGUAAUCGGUGCCGGUGUCCGAGCGCGGCAAACUCAGAUUAGAAAGCGAACAAUCUUGAGUUUUGUUUUUAAAUCUGACAAUGGCGCCACCUUUUGUGUUUAUGGUGUAUUAUAUUUAUAACACUUAUCAUGUACAUAGAAAAUAAACCAACUAAUUCUCCA